GUGUGAAGCUAGACCUGCGGCCAGCUCAGGACGGGAUCAUUUGGCUCUGGACCAGCAGAACCUUCCGGGCCCUGAAACUGACACAUCGAAGCGGGAAAAACCCGAACCGAGCCUUUUGGACCGAUAAAAUCCGAGGAGACGCCGUGGCUAUGAUCCGCUCCCAGUGAGCCGAACUCGGGGAGAUGUUGGAGAAAAGGUCCGCGGAUCCGAACUUGGAGGACAAACGACGCGGGAAGGAAGCCUUCAGCCUGCGGUACCGCUGCGGCCCUCUGAUCGGCAGCGGCGGCUUCGGUUCCGUGUUUUCGGGUCACAGACUCUCAGACGGACUUCCGGUCGCCAUCAAGCAGAUCUCUGGGGACCGGGUCCAGCAGUGGGCCAGACUGCCCGGCGAGCUCGGCCCGGUUCCCAUGGAGAUCGCCCUGCUGCAGCGGCUCUGUGAAGUCGGAGGUCACGGCGGCGUGAUCCGGAUGCUGGACUGGUUCGAGGCGGAGGGGCGGGGCUUCCUGCUGGUGAUGGAGCGGCCGCCGCAGUGCCGGGAUCUGUUCGACUUCAUCACGGAGCGCGGUGCGUUGCCCGAACGCCUCGCUCUCAGGUUCUUCAGGCAGAUGGUGGAGGCGCUGCGGUUCGUUCACGCGCACGGCGUCGUGCACAGAGAUGUGAAGGACGAGAAUGUCCUGGUGGACACGCGGACGCUGGAGGUCAAGGUCAUCGACUUCGGCUCCGGUGCGCUGCUGAAGGACUCGCCGUACGACGAGUUCGAAGGUACGCGGGUCUACAGCCCACCCGAGUGGGUCCAGUCGCAGUCGUACCACGCCGAGCCGCUCACCGUCUGGUCGCUCGGCGUCCUGCUCUUCGACAUGGUGUGCGGCGACAUCCCGUUCGAGCGCGACCAGGAGAUCGUCGAGGCCACGCCCUUCUUCACUCGCCGCGUCUCUAAAGAAUGCCAGGCUCUGAUUGGCUGGUGUCUGUCCCUCCGGCCGGAGGACCGCCCCUCGCUGGAGCAGAUCCUGACCCACCCCUGGAUGGAGGCGGGGGAGGAAGAGGACGAGGAAGAGGAGCGCGGCUCGCUGCCCAGCGCGUCUCUGUGAACUGGGUCGGAACGGAACAGGAAAUAAAUCACUUUAUCUUCGCUGAGACGCUCCUCAUCACUGAUGAAGAGUCUUUAUUUAUGGAUUAUUUAUUAUUUCAUCAGUUCCUUUUUCAUCAGAGGAGGAAAGCUGAACUGACAGAUUUUUGCUUUUUUUUCUCAUUAAACCUGAUUUUAAGUUUCGCUGACGUCUGGACAUUGGUGGCGCUCCGGCGGCGGCGCUCGGUAAAUACCUGUGUAUUCCUUCAAAGUGGCUCCGCUGCCACUUGGUUCUGUUUAUUUACAUUAAAUAAGAAGUUCUGGAUCAGAACCAAGAUCCAUGUUUGAAUAAAAACAUUUUCAGACUCUGGUUUGUUUCAAAUUCAGAAUUACUUUAUUAAUCUUUAUUAAUUAAUUUAUUAAUGAAAUGUUGCUGUAAAUCAUUUCUUUACCCUGAAGGAUUUUCUCUUCCUCCAUCUCUGUGGUCCAGAUGAACAUCCAGGUUUUUAUCUUCCUCCACUUCUUCUCCCAUGAUGGAAACAGGGUUUGACCUUUGACCCUGUUCCUCCUGUAACCAACAAUCAUCUCCUUUGUUUUGUACACAUUUCAGAUGAUUUGACUGUUCCCUCACUUUUGACUUGUUUUCUAUAAAUGGUUUUUGUUCUGCGAUCAGCACUGAAACAUUUCACUUACAGCUCAGUGAUGCUUGGCUGUCGCCCCCUGCUGGUCACUAAAGGGUUAGAAAGAUGCAGAUUCUUCCAGUUGGAUUUAUUUUGAUACUCUAGUGGAAUCAAACUCAUCAGAGGGCAGGAAGUGAUGUCAAAUAUUUGAUUUUUUUUCUUCCAGUUAUUAAUUUACUUUAAUAGAUUCAUCAUCUCUUGUCUGAUUUAGUUUUUUGUCAGAACUGAGGAUGAGUUUAUGAUUUGAGCUUUGUAUCUCAUGAACAAGCGCAGCUCGUUACAUUGAUACGAUUCCUUUCAUUAAUUUAGCAAUCACAGAGUUAACCUACAUAACCUACGUUACCUUGUUUCCUUACUGACUGAAGCUAAACUUAAGUGGCUUUUUAUGCGUUUAUCCUUUUCCUUCACUGCAGCUAACUUCCUCGGUAGCGCCGUUGUUCUGUUACCAUGGAUACCUUAUGCAGAACGUUGCCAAAACAAAAGCAAAACAGUAUUUACAAUAAACAAAGUAACUACAUUCAAUUGGCCUUUUCUAGCUUUGUUAAUUUUACUUACAAUUCAAUAAACAUCCUUCAACCUGAUUGGUUCACAGGGAACAUGAACAGAUGACUUAUUUAAAAACAGUAAACUAUUUAAAGCACCUAUUUACAGUCAGAAAACCACAAAGUGCUUCGCAGUAGAAAUAAAAACGCAGUACCAACAUAAUACUUUCAUCCACGCCGGAACCAUCAGCAUAUGGAGGAACUUUCCUGCCAUAAUCCAAGAGCACACAUUUUCAGUCUGAGGCCUUGAUUACACGGCAACAGUUUCUGGUGAAAUUGGAAGUUUUGUUGGUUUGUUCUGUACAUGUACAUGAAACCACCGAAUGUUUCCUCUGAAACGGCACAGAUUGAAAACGGUUCCAGAGUGCAG